CGUAUCUUUGAUAAUUGCACAACACCGUACUUGAACACCAGUGGGCCUAGUCUUGAGGGUUGGUUAUUUGCAAUCCGAAUUGCUUGAUGAUAAGUCACUACUAGAAACCCAACUUCGCAGCGCUCCCUAGAGCGAAUUCGGUCCUCCGCAACCUCGUCCACAAAACAGCGACACCCUACGGGGUACACAUCUUGACCAUAAGACAAACCUUCUCCCAGCCGGGACUCUCUCACUUGCGAACCCUCUCAAGAUGCCUUAUUUCACUGACCUACACACCUAUCUCCACCAAUCCUCGCUGCUCAUCCAAGCCUACCCUUCCAGUCGGCUAACCACGAAAUACUCCCUGCCCAAAAAAGCGAACUCGAAGUCUCGAUCCAAUCCCUCAAAAGAACAACCCGCUGCUUCUGCACCAUCGAGCGAAACAACAAGCGCCGCAGCUCAAGCACAAGGCCAAGUCAAACGCGAUCCCUCCGCGAUCCUCACGCUCAAGACUUUUCAUCCUGAAUCGGGCAUAUGCUUGAAAUACCGUACCGACAAGGCCGCCGAAGUAGGACGAUUACUUGCGGGACUGGGCCGGUUAGCUAAGGGCGAAGUAAUUGAAAUGCCCACCACCGCGACGGGACAGACAACAACCACAGUGGUGGAUAGUGCAGAUAAAAUGGACGUUGACAGCGGGAAUGGGAUUGGUGUAGUCGCGCCGAAGACCGGGGAUAAUGUCAUUGCUGCGCCGCCGGCAGCAAGCCAAACCGGAGGAGGGGGAGGGGGAGGCAAGGGAAAGAAGAAGAAAGGGAAGAAAUGAGCAACGACACAUUGUUAUGUCUGUUAAAUGAAAAAUGGACAAAUCGCAGCUCAUAACCAGCAUUUGGCAUGUUCAAUGAAAAGACGGAACAAGGAAUGCCAUUGCCGAUGAUGAUACGACUCUGACAGUGCCAGCUUUUGGAGCGGCCAUAGAGUUGGGCCUUCUCCCUCAGACCGAUGGCACUAAGUAUGAAAGUGUGCCAUACUGAGCAUGCCUAUUGCCGAGUAUCUGACAAUCGAACGAGUGAGAAGGCACAAUGAGUCAAUCAGAUGGCCGAUGGUUCCCUGCGUGAGGGUCAAACAUGGUGGUCCUGGUGUGGGAAAUGGACAGUGAAGCAGUCCAAGAUGUGCUAGGUAAUACUCUGGCAUCUGCUCGCCACCCGCUCGACAGUGGUGAAAGAGAAUGAGCAACUCCCUUCCGAAGCCACCAACUGGUCUUCUUUCCAUGUAGCUUUUGACCAUAUUCACAACAGAAGAACAUGACUUGUGUGAG